AUGCAGAUUCCGUGGACGGGCGAUGAUGCGUAUACAAAGAACAUUCGAGUGCAGAUGGGUCGCUGCCCAGUUCGCAGCGUCUUUGACGAAGCCCUCAAGUUGCUGGAGCAGAAGCAAGACCAGAUUGGCUUCCUGUUCGACCACAUCAUGCCGCUCGCAAAGGCUCCUGAAGGAUACGCUCUUUUCGAGCAGCGUAAGACGCAGAAAGUAGUGUUCACAUUGUAA